AGAGGGCCAUCGGGGAGGAAGGGAAAGGGGGGGGGUUUUGGUCUAGCUUAUCUACCAGCGUGUCCCUUGCAGUUCAGCAGAGGACAAUACUUUGUCAAAGUCGAAUGUCCACCGUUGCUAGCAAUCGCCUCCCAAGAUGGCUGCAAUCUUCCACUUCCUCUGCGUGCUCUUGACCGCUGGAGCUGUGGUAGCUGCGGGCUCGCAGUUCAACCUGACCAUUCUCACCACUUCCUCGACUGCGGCGGAGGUCACGCAGCUGCCUUCCGGUCGAACAUAUGGAGGGUACGCCACACUUCAGACGGCCCUUUCGAAAGCCAGGGUCAAUCUCGCCAGCACAUCGACACCGACUUUGGCCAUCCACGGCUUAUCUGCGCUGGGGAUGUACUCGUUUUCUCAGUACUACAAAGGCAAGAAAGAAGCCACGUACUUGAGCAGACUCGGAUUCCAGUAUACUACAUUUGGAAGUAGAGAUUUGUUCCAUGGAACGGAGGUCUAUGCAAACAACUUCCUCAACAACACGUCAGUUGCAUGCAUCUCAUCAAACACAUGGAUCUCCAAAUCCUCGGCAUUGUCCAACCUUUGUCAGCGCUACAAGGUCACCACAUUGACCGAUGCAAACACGCAGACGACCUUCAAAGCCGCCAUCGUCUCGUAUGUGGUCACAGACUUCUGUAGUUUCACAUUUUGCGCCGAGUCAGCAUCCUCGCCUGCUCAAGUCAAGGUGUUGGACAUAAUACCCGAAAUGACGGCGUUCAUACAGCAACUGCAGUUUCAGGAGAACCCGGAUGUCGUUAUAGCGAUGUCGAGUGGGUUAGAUCUCAAUGGGGACCUUGCUAUUGCGUCCGCGGUGCCUGGAAUAGAUGUGAUCAUCACGAGCGACGAUAAGACAGUGAGCUCGAAGAGUUUCCCGAUAGCUGCUACUGGAGCUGAAGGCGGACCCGUCCUCAUAGUAGCUGACAUGACACCCGAAGGCGUACGCGGCCUAGCCCGGGUGGAUCUGCAGUGGAGGAACGGUUCCUUGGCCGCAUGGUCUGGCACCCGGGACCCGUUGAAUUCCUGCCAAGGCGAUCCGUCUCCUUUGGCAACAUGCAUUCCGCCCGAUGCGGCGUUCGUAUCUGACAUUGUUGCGGAUUAUGUGGAAGUCGAUAAGGCGUUGGAAGUCGUUAUUGGAAGCACAACGGCGCUGUUGAAUGGCGCCCAACUUCCGAAUCACCCUUGCAGGAGGAGCGACUGCACUGCUGGGAGCGUUGUCUGCGAUUCCAUGUUGUGGGUGACCGACGGUCAGUGCGAUGCUGCGAUACUCAAUGGCGGGAGUAUCCGGGAUUCACUUCCUGCUGGUAAUGUGACCAUGAAGAACAUCAUGGGGAUGUUACCAAACCACAAUACCAUCUCGGUGACUCGUUUGAGAGGAAUAGACGUCUUGGAUGCAUUAUCCAGUGGUUUGAGCAAAGUCUUCCCACAGGGGAGUGCUGGUCGCUUUCCCCAAGUGGGUAAUAUCCAUUAUACCUACAAUGUCAACAACAAGCCGGAUGCACUUCGCCUAGUGUCCGCACAAAUCUUCAAUCGCACCCAGGGAACGUAUGUCGACAUUGAUCCCAAUGCGAUAUACAAUAUCUGUGUGAAUGACUACAUGCUGAAUGGCGGAGAUGGGUAUUCGAUGUUGCUGACCAAUGCUUUGAGCACCUUCUCUCAAGGCACACAGUUGGAUGUCGCCCUCAGGUCCUAUAUGGCGGCCCAGUCUCCCAUAUCUCCUCCGGCUGGUCAACGUAUCCUUGACCUUUCCACGACGAGCCCAUCCUCCCCUCCGCUCUUGGGGUCUUGCAAAUUUGCGACAUCUGUGACCAACGCUUCAAGCAUCCUUUUGGACCCUUGUGAUGGAGGAUCCCGUUUCCGGACGAAUGUCUCCUGGACAAUCACGCCGACUAUAACCUCCCUGCGCUCCAUCAAUCUGUCAUUCGGAAACUUUACGAUGGAUCCAACCACGGACGUCCUGUAUCUAUACAAUCCGGCGACCAACCAGCUCCUGCAAGUGCGCUCACCCGCCGACAACGUCUCCAUGGUCCCAGCGAACUACACAUCUCUGCCGUCAUCAGUUGGCAUCCCAAAUGUAGUGUCUGUAGGCGUGCGAUUCGUUGCAAAUCGCCCGCUUACCGGCAGCGGGGUGAAGCUCAGCUACGCCGCUCAUGACGGCUGUCCCGGAGGAUACAUUCUUGACAACGGCAAUUGCGUCGGUUGCCCAGCGGGAACAUACGCCGGGCUCCUCGAUGUUCAAUGCACUGCGUGUCCGGCUGGGAGCGUUACGACCACUAGCGGGCUGGAAACGUGUGCUGUUUGCCAAGAAGGGACUUUCAGUGACGCGGCAGGGAGAACGCAAUGCCAGACGUGCGACAGGGGCCGGAUAUGGAUUUCGUCGACGCAGUGUCAAUGUGCUGCUGGCACCUUUUUCAAUGAUUUUACCUGUCUGCCGAUUGGGUCAGGCUCGUCCCAAACCGGGCAGAUUAUCGGAAUAGCUCUUGGUCUGAUUGUACUAGGUGCCGGUAUUGGAUUUUAUGUCUACAGGCGACGUAUGGCGGCCAUCAAACGGAGACAGAUGGGAACGUCGAAACAGAAAGCGCUGAAGGCUGAUGUUGCCAUGAAGCGCCUGGUGCACGAUAUCGUCUUGUCCGUGAUGCAGAUUGGAAUGGACGCAGGAGAAUGUGCGCUGGAUUGGUAUGUUUUGACCUCGACGUUGUAUUGGGAGCUUCAAUCUCCCGGUCACUUAUAAAGUACGCUACAGGCGCGCGUUUCUCAGUGUUCCCGAAGAUGAAGGAACCAGACUGUUCUUCAUUGUCGGAUGUAUCUUCCAGAGUUUGAUCACACUUCUGUCCGCCGCGCUACGAAUCUACAACAUCCAGCGCCUCUUCCGGACGCGUUCUUCUGGG